AUGGCCCCCUCCCCGCAGAAGUCGCCCUCGGUCCCCAAAUCUCCAACCCCCAAGUCGCCCCCGUCCCGCAAGAAGGAUGACUCGUUCUUGGGGAAACUCGGAGGGACGCUGGCCCGGAGGAAGAAAGCCAAGGAAGUGUCCGAGUUCCAGGAGGAAGGAAUGAACGCCAUCAACCUGCCCCUGAGCCCCAUCUCCUUCGAGCUGGACCCCGAGGACACCAUGCUGGAGGAGAAUGAGGUGCGGACAAUGGUGGAUCCAAACUCACGCAGUGAUCCCAAGCUUCAAGAGCUGAUGAAGGUACUCAUCGACUGGAUCAACGACGUGCUGGUGGGAGAAAGAAUCAUUGUGAAGGACCUGGCUGAAGAUCUCUAUGAUGGCCAAGUCCUGCAGAAGCUCUUCGAGAAACUGGAGAGUGAGAAGCUCAACGUGGCAGAGGUUACCCAGUCAGAGAUUGCCCAGAAGCAGAAGCUGCAGACUGUGCUGGAGAAGAUCAAUGAGACCCUGAAGCUUCCACCCAGGAGCAUCAAGUGGAAUGUAGACUCUGUUCAUGCCAAGAGCCUGGUUGCCAUCCUCCACCUGUUGGUCGCUCUGUCUCAGUAUUUCCGGGCACCAAUCCGACUCCCAGACCAUGUUUCUAUCCAAGUGGUUGUGGUCCAGAAACGAGAAGGGAUCCUCCAGUCUCGACAAAUCCAAGAGGAAAUAACUGGUAACACAGAGGCCCUUUCUGGAAGACAUGAACGUGACGCCUUUGACACGCUGUUUGACCAUGCUCCAGACAAGCUCAACGUGGUAAAGAAGACUCUCAUCACAUUUGUGAACAAGCACCUGAAUAAACUAAACUUGGAGGUCACAGAACUGGAGACACAGUUUGCAGAUGGGGUCUACCUGGUGCUGCUCAUGGGGCUCCUAGAGGGCUACUUUGUACCCCUGCACAGCUUCUUCCUGACCCCGGACAGCUUUGAACAGAAGGUCCUGAAUGUCUCCUUUGCCUUUGAGCUCAUGCAAGAUGGAGGGCUAGAAAAGCCUAAACCCCGGCCAGAAGACAUUGUCAACUGUGACCUGAAGUCCACACUGAGAGUGCUCUACAACCUCUUCACCAAGUACCGGAACGUGGAGUGAGGACCCAGUCUGUCUACCUGCCUGGUCUCUCUCACUGCAGGCUGUCUGGACCAGCUUCCCAUCUGCCUUACCCUGCUUGCUCCCAUCUCUUGCUCUAUGCUCUCCCAUAAGCCCAGCGACCACCCAGAGAUAGUGGACAUUAAAAUCAGUAAGGCUAACCACAUCCAUAGGCCCUGGGGACUGACCUAGCAGUGACUUGGGAAAUUGUCCCCAUUCAAAUUCAGAUCCCAGAUGUCCCUACAUGUGCUGUGGGAAUCGGCACAGCCUAGAGACUGUCCCACAGAGCAUAGAAAUGAAGAUCAGAGUUAGUCCCCACACGAAGGGAAAUCUCUGUUGUGUUCAAGUUCACUAGCCUCAUGCUGCCAUUAAAGGAGAGGUCAUUCUCCCCUUUUACAGACGAGGAAACUGAGGCUCAAAGAUUUGGAGAUUUACUACUCAUUAGCAUGUAUUUUUCCUCUUUGGGCAACUUACUGAUUAAUAACUGGUCAACUGUGUUCCAUUCUGUAUGUAUCCUAAAGUGUGUGCAUGCUCGAGCAGACUCGCCUUACCUGCAUAUACCUGCUUCCUCUAGCAGACAAGACACUCUGAUCUCACCCUAGGGCAGGCCAGGUCAGAGCUGGGUGAUUCGCACUAAAAUUGCCAAAUUGAAUUUAACUCAAUUAAUAGUGUGUGUGUGGCAGGAGCCGUGUCCCUCAAAUCCUUUGUACAAAUGAAAAUUACCCUUAAUUCCUUCAGAUUUGUAAUAAGCCCACGCUCCGGUUGCAGGAUGACAUUUGGGAAGGGUUCUGUUUGGAAUUAAUAGAGUGCCCAUUUCGCAGCCUUUUUGCUUGAUUGCAUGUAAUGGAUGUGCCCUAUAUUUUCCUGCAAAGUAAGUACUCAAUUCAUUAUCGUUAGGCAAAUGUAGGGUAUACUCGCACAUGGCAGAGAGCUGGGCACAGACCCACUGGAGCAUCGCCUGAGAAGUAGGGCUCAUCAAUGGGAGACCCUUGAACUUUAAAAAAAAGGGACCUCCUUUUUGCCUUCUAAUUGGUCAUUUAGAGCAUUCUGGCUAAGUCUGCCCACAUGCAAUUACUGGCUAAUUCCAGUUGAGGAAAAUGUCAGUCAUUUAAACCAAAGCUCAGCAUCUAGAUUCCUCACUUGAGUGACUCGAGGGCUGCAGGUUACAUAUCUCCUGGAGCAAACCUGACUUGGAAGGAAAGUUCUGCUGUGCCAGUCUGCAUCUGGGUCCUGUAGAAAAAACAAAGGGGCUGGUGGGUAGAGGGAGGGUCAGACUUAAGGGAACAAGAAUUGGGGUAGGAGAGCUGAAUACUAAUGUGUUUAACAUGUGGGGGAUACCCUCAGAGACAGAGCUGCUGCUAUGGUCCUUGGCCUUUGUGCUCUUCAAUUGAGAGGGUCUUGAGAUAAUGACUUAUGCUACUGCUGUCCUCACAAAACUCUUAUACAUACGCCAGGGAGUUGCCAGCUUGGGUUGCCUCCAGAAGUGUGAUGACCACCUUGUCACUCUUGUCUUAGUUACAUUCCUCAUUGGAACAAGAUAACCUGACAAAAGCAAUUUAAGGGAAGAAAGACUUGUUUCUAAAGGCACACAGCCUAUUGUGGAAGGCAAAGCAUUGGAGCAGGAGAUGCCAUGGUAGGAAGAGCACGCAGUCAGGCUCCCUUACCUCAGAACAAGGCAUGUAUGUCAGAACAAGAGAACAGAGAGGGAGUGGGGCUGGGCUAUCAAUCCCAAAGGCCCUCCCCCAGUGAGACUCCACCUCCUAAAGGUUUCACAGAUUUUCAAAACAGUGCCACCAGCUGAGAAACACAAGUGUUCAAAAGGAACCUGUGGGGGACUUUUUCCACAUUCAAACUCAAACAUCUAGUAAAGCCUUCGGAGUUUGAAGAUUCACCAAGAUGGCUUUCCACAACAUUCCACAUGCUCUUGUUUCUUUUUAUACUGGCCAUCCAGGGCAGCUCAGAACCCAGAACGUUUAGAUCUACUGUGCACCUCCCUGUUUUGUUCUAGGAAUUGUUACUUAGCACUGUGAGCGUCUAAGAUGUGAAGGCAAUGUUCUGCCUUUUGUUGAUCUAUGUGUACAAACAGAAUUCUUUUUUGCAUAAUUAAUGAAAUAUCUUAUUUUUCAUUAGGAUUAAUGUUGGUCUCACACUCUUUUAAAUUCCUGGCAGGCAAUUGAGAUUAGUAGCUGUUUGGCCUGUGUGAGCAUUACUGAAGCAGAGUGAAAUAAGAGGCCUGCCUCCACUUGAACACACUUUGCUCUUGGGUUGUGCCUUGUCCCUGAUGCUCAAGCCAUUAGUACAUAGUACCUUCCUAAGAGCACUCCUUUAGGUCUUUGUGUUAUCACCAGUAGAGAAACCAUACCAGAGCUCUGAAAGUUUCUUAAUAGUUUGCCAGUGUAUCCAAUAACUGGGCAUUGGGACUAAGGUCUUUGCCUCAUUCCAGAGUCCCGGGCUUGUGUCUGAUAUAUAACCCUGUCAUCUCAUGGAGAUGGGUGUUUUCCUUUAGAUUCUAGGAUCACAUACUUCAGACAUGAGCAUGGUUUUGAAGAAGAAAGAGACAUCAUCAUUAUAAGUAAUCAAACAGCCUUCAUCUCCUAAGAAAAUAGAGGAAGGAAAAAACUGAGACAAGAAUCAUCCUGGCUCACAGUUUGAGGGCAUGGGGGAGGGGGAGGGUGGAGAGGCGUGGCAGCAGGAGUGUGAGGCAGCUGUCAUAUGCAAGCAGGAAGCUGCUGCUCAGCUUGCUGAUUUUUUAUUUAAUCUGGGACCCCAGCCUAUGGAGUGGUGCCACCACAGUCAGGGUGAGUCUUCCCAUCUCAACUAAUCAUCAUAAUUAAUAGUUAAUGCAUAAGUAACACAGAAUUCAGAAAUUGGGAACCAUGUCUGAUAAAAAUCCUAAAUAUCCAUCUCUCCUUUUCCCCAUCGGUCUCCACCUUCCAAGGAGAUGACUCCCUUGAUCCAUUUCUUCUGCAUGAUUCCAGAAAUACUCUGUGCAAAUAAAGCCUGAAUGUACAUACAAAAUCUUUGCUGUGCUUUUUCCCAAUAUAGAUAUCCCAUUAUAUAUA